UAGGGGGAAGGCGGUGCUAAAAAAGCCUAACGGAAUCCAGACGCCAGUGCAAUUGUGCGCGCCAGGCUGCGACGGCGGCGGCGGCGGCGUCGCCGAAAGCUGUAGCUCAGCUGAGGAAGUCUUCCCCUCGGGAAGCUCCCUAAUCUGUCGCCUCCGCCGCCGCCUACGCGGCGGCAGCGGCGGCGGCGGCGGCCUUGCUGGUGCCUCCCUCCUCUGCCACCUCCACCCCUGCCUGCUCACUUGCCGGUGCUGUGGAGAAGGCGGCGGCAGCUUUGGCGGCUCCACUAUGGCGGCGGCGGGGAGGGGGGACAGUAGUUUUAAAGUAGACACCUGCCCUUGCCUCAGAGAAGAUGCCACCUGUGAUGGACAAGAAAGAUCUGCGUAUUUUACAGAUGACUUUUGUCAAGCAUGUGGAGUUGUACUGCAUCUUGAAUCAGAAAGGAGUGCACAUUAUGAGAGUGAAAUACAUGCUCAAAAUGUUAAGUUCUAUCUCCAAGUGCAUGGGGAACAAAACGAAGUGCCUGGUACAAAAGUAAGCAUGCAUGUUGAGAAUUCUCAGGUGUACAAGAGUGGAGAAGUUAACAGAAACAAAUUUAGUGAUUUCUGCAACAUGAGUUUUGACUCCUCAGCCAUUGCUCAAUCUCACUAUGUGGGAAAGAGCCAUCCACAAAAUCAAAAGCAAUUACUGGAAGAACAAGAUACACUAUCUCCAUCAGGAUGUCAACCAAAGAUGGAUAAACCCAAUGCUACUUCUGCAGCACCAACUUUUGUAAAGUCCGUUAUUGUGAAGCCUCCUCCAGCAUAUAGAAUGAGAACCUACGUAUGCCAUAUCUGCAGUAUCACCUUUACAUCUUUACAUAUGUUCCGGUCCCACAUGCAAGGAAGUGAACAUCAAAUUAAAGAAUCUCAUGUUAUCAGUGAAGCAAAGAAUUCAAAGAAGAUGCAAGAGUCUUACCAAGGUGAAUGUGCAGAUUACAUCAAAGUGAAGAAAUCUAGAGAACUGGAGUCCAGGGCUCACUUCAGGAAGAUGGAGGAUAAUUACUUGGAAGUCCAUGGGUAUAGAGAUAUGGUUGAUUCCAGACCCAGACAUAAAAUGCUUGAACAAAAACUUCCACUUGAAAAUUUCUGGACACACCCAGGACCAUACAAUAAUUCUCGAGUGGUAGAAGACCAGUUACCUCAUUGUUUACCAGCACAGUCAAAAAUAUAUGAUUCUUUCCAGGAUGAGCUUGAAGAUUACAUCAAAGGGCAGAAGGCCAGAGGACUCGAUCCCAAUACUAGUUUUAGACGGAUAACAGAAAACUAUAGGUAUAGGGAUCCGAGGUACAGAGAAAGGGUUGAUCCUGGAUACAGACAAAGGAUAUGUGAAGAAAGAUUUUCAUCUGAGUGUCUACAGACCUACCAGCAACAAUACAAUGGUUCACCAGUGGAAGGCCAGUUACCUCACUGGUUACCGCUUCAUUCAAAGAGGAGAAAUGAUGAUUUCCAAAAUGAAUUUGAUGAUUACAACAAGGUGCAGGAGUCUAGAGAACUCAAGCCAAAGACUUCUUUUAGAAGAAUUGAUAGUGCUAUUGAAACCCAUAAUUACAGAGAAAUGGUUGACAGAAGAUCCAAUCAUAGAAUGUUUGAGCAAAGAUUCCCAUGUGAGUCUUUCCAGACUUACACAGAUCCAUACAACAGUUCACAUGCUGUAGAAAACAAGUUACCUCAUUAUUUACCACCUUAUGAGAGCCAACAGAGCCUAGACUCUGAUAGCUACUAUCAGUUCAUGAGAGAUUGUUUCUCAGAAAAUCCUGUUCCCCUGAGCCUUAGUCAGCAAGAAAAUAACCCUGACUCACACAGUGUAGAGUAUGACAUUUACAAGCAGCUGCCCUCGUAUGACAAUGCCAGUGCCCAUGAAACAAGUCAUAAAAGACGACAUCAGAAGAGAAGACGACACCUGGAGGAAGGGGAAGGGAAAGAAAGGCUAGAGAAGGAACAAUCCAGGCAUAAAAGGAAAAGGAGCUGUCAGGAUAAAGAUUUAGACAAAGACAAGAGUAGCGAGCAAUCUAAAGGAGAGGAAGAUAAAGCUGGGGUCAGUUCUGAGAAAAUCAAGCAUCGAAAAAAGAAAAGGAAACAUGAGGCAGCCUCAGAGAAGGAAGAACGUAAGCACAAGAAGGAGAAAAAGAAAUCUGUUGAAGAAAGAACAGAAGAGGAAAUCCUUUGGGAUGAGUCAAUUCUUGGGUUCUGAACUUAUGGGAUACCCAAGAAUGACUAAAAGAAAAUAAUGCUGAUUUAGAUAAGGACAGGAGUAACUGAUGAAGUAAAGGAAAGGCAGGUAAAAUAUCAGCUCAAAAAAAAAAACCACAAAAACAAACAAACAACAACAACAAAAAAAACCUUUGGGUUUUUUGUUUGCAAAAAUGGAAAUUGGACAUGAGAAACACAAGACAUCUUAGAUCCAGCCUUUAAGGAAAUGUUUUGAUGUAAACCUACUUAAGGAUCUUGAACUUUUAGUUUUACUUACAGAAGAGUGAAUUGAGAAAAUCAGUAGGAAUAAAUCCGAGGAAAUUUAUAUAAAAAUCAAGCACUUCAAAUGAAGAGAAGUGGUAAAAAUCAGUGUCAGUUC